GCAGUCUUGGCUUCUUUUGCAGGUGCAACACAGGUGAUUCAUGAGCGGCUUCGGAACAUCACAGUAGGAGAAAAUGUCACUUUGCAAUGUCGGCUGGCCAAAAAGCACGACGUUGUUCAGAUCACCUGGCAGCAGGAGCAGGGGGAACAAGAGACCAACAUGGCUACUUACAGUGAGGCUGGUGGCACUACGAUACUGAGCAAAUUCAAAAGAAAUGUCCACAUGUCCCAAAGCGGACUGAUGGUUUCUGCCAUCACCUUCCAUGCUGUUACACUCAAGGAUGAAGGCUGUUACAAGUGCAUCUUCAAUGUAUUUCCCAUAGGACCCAUCACAGGCAGGACAUGUCUCAAGGUCUAUGCUCUAACACAACCCAAAGUGAUGGUGAGGCGUGUAUUGGAUCCAGGCAAUGCUGAGGAAGAAGUGCUGGAGAUAAGCUGCUCAGCAACAGGGAAACCAGCUCCAGAGAUCACCUGGAAGGUCACCAAACCUCUUCUGAUGGAACCAAAGCAGUAUGUCACCCAGCACCUAAACCAGACAGUGACUGUUGUCAGCAAUUUUUCUUAUGUCUUCCUCAAAGAUGUCUGGGACAACACAAUAACCUGUGUUGUUCAUCAUCCAUCUUUAAACACUGAACAAGAGGUGAUUUUACCUGGGAUUAUACCUGGGAUUAUACAUGUUCAAAAUGAAGAUCUGCUGCCAGGAACUUCUGCCACUAUCGCAAUUUGCAUUUUGGUGGCCAUGUUUUUCCUUGGACUAUUGCUCUUUCUGAUUUUGUACCACUGGAGGAGGCUACACCCAGCCAAUGAGAAGCAAGGCCUUCUAUGCAUGGUAAAUAUAUUGAUUGAUUGA